AUGUCCUCUCAUCGAUUAACAUUGGAAGAGCUUCCUGAUGAAAUUCAGCUUAUGAUUUUGAAAUAUCUAUCCCAUUACGACUGGUAUUAUUCAUUCUUUCGUCUUAAUUGCCAUUAUAAUAAUCUCAUUAAAUAUAUUACACCAAUCAAUAUCAAUACCAAAUGGUUAGAUUACGAUAUUGAUCAGUCCGGUAUACUCAUUUCAGACUAUUGGGUUUGGAAUGAUAGAUUUCUAUACUUUAUGGUACCAAAAAUUCGGGCUAGUCAAUCGAAUAGCAUUCAAUGGCUAUUUAUAGCACCAGAUUCAGUUGACAAAUAUACGCAACAACUUGGCAGACGUAUUUUUCAUAUAAUUCAGAAAUACCGAGUUCAAUCCAAUGCUCCUGGUUUUCUUGUCACUAAAGCAAAUUACUAUUUCUUUUCAAUAUCUGAAGAUUUAUCUCAUCUUGAAGAGUGGAUUAGAGAGAACUAUCCAGCACAGUAUGAAAUUAUACGAAGCUUUGGGCCGCGUCAUCACUUGCCAAAACGAAUAACUCAUUAUGAUGGGAAAUACUUGGAAAUAAAACAUGCUCUAGCAGAAAUACAACGUCUAGAACGCUUGAAGCGAAAGAGUAUGAUCUACGAAUGUGCACAACAGAUAUGGUCUGAAUUGAGAGGAUUAUACGAUGUGAAUCUAUUGGAUUUAGUUGUUGAAGAGUAA